GUGCCUGCGUUGCAAGGGGCAGAUGAUUUACCAGCAGGUCUUGUCUGUGGAGAGACCCAGCACUCUGCAGAGCUGGAACUGGGGCUACUGUGGCCACUAUGCCUUUUACCACGCCCUGUACCCCCGGGCCUGGAUGGUCUAUGAGCUCCCGGGGCAGAAGGUGGUGCUCACUUGCCGACAGGUCUCUCCUGUCAUCCCCCAUGACUGUAAGGACUCCAGCCUGCCAGUGGGAGUGUUCAUUUGGGAGGUGGAGAACGGGAGGGAUGAGGACGUGGAAGUGUCCAUCAUGUUCAGCCUGCAGAACGGCAUGGGAACGAAGGAGGACAGGAGCGGAGGGCGCUGGAAUGAGACCUUUGCCUUGGAGAAGGAUGGCGAGCGAGUUGCUGGAGUCCUGCUGCACCACUGCACGAGUGUGAACCCCUUCACUCUCGCCAUCUCUGCCCGGGAGAAGGCUGGCACGAGAGUCACCCACCUGAUGGCAUUCAAUCCCACGGGAUUGGGUAGAGAGGUGUGGCAGGACCUCCUGCAGGAUGGCAGGCUGGAUUCACCCACUGGUCAAAGCAGCGUGACGGAGAAGGGGGAGGUGACGGCAGCAGCGGUGUGUGCCAGCUGCAGAGUGCCUGCCCGGGGACACAGGACACUGGAAUUGGCCCUGGCUUGGGAUAUGCCGUGUGUUCACUUUGGCUCCAAGGAGAAGCCGCCCUUCAAGUGGGUGGGUUGUCUCCAGUGGAGCCUGUGCCUCGCCUUCCCCAUUGCUCAGGGCUCUGAUAAGCCUGCAAGCUCACCAGCCAUUCCAAACUGGGGCUGGUCUCUUGCCCAGUGGCACAGGAGUCCUCUUGUGUAGUCAGAGAGUUGGGUAAGGUGGGGACCUGGCCUGUUGGAAUAAAAAGUGUGGGUGCAUGUGUGUGUGAGGAUGUUGGACUGGUGCACGCAGGCACGUGGCUUUGGUGGUUGUGGUUGGGUGACACUGCACAGACUGAGUGGCUCUGCCCCAGGAGGGCCUGUGGCAGAUCCAAUCCCCAGGGGAGACCUGGCUCCCUGGACGGUGACAAUCUGAGCCCAAGCAGCAGGUCCUGGUCUGGUACCAUGGCCCCCCUCCCUGCUGGCGCCGGGGGCAAGCAGUGGAGCACAUUGAAGGGGAUAAAUCACUUCAAGUUCUUAAUAAAUAAA